UAGGCAAGAGAAGGGUAGAGAAGAAGCAGCGGCUGAGGAGAGGAGAGGCGAGACGAGGGGGGAAUCGAGGCGCGAGGGAGAGGGAGAGGGAGAGGGAGAUGUCGAUCCUGUGGGAGAAGAGCGCGGGGUGGCGGUGGCUGGUGCGGCGGACGCGCGACUCCAAGCCCUUCUUCUUCACCUUCGCGGCGCUGUGCGGCGUUGUCCCGGGCGUCGUCGGCUACGGCGUGAUGCAGCUCACCAGCUCCCGCAACGACCAGCUCGAGGCCCACCUCCGCUCCACCGCCCGCCCCGAGACCGCGAUGAUGGGGCAAGUGAACCGGGAGAGACUGGCAGAGUUUCUUGGAGAGCUGCAAAGGAAAGAGGACACAAAUGACAGAUAUGUUGCUGCCCUCAAAGGGGAGACACUGACGAGGAAGCGGUAUGAACGGAUUCAGCCUGUCAACAAGGAAGGUACACCGGAGAGUCCGCCUGUCAAGGAGCAAGCUACAACGGAGAGUGUCAAGGCUAAAUGAUUCAUGGUUAUUGCUCCGAGAAAGAUAUUAUCCACUCAAAACACUGAACAUAAAUGUGCUGUACCUUUGGAAGGUUGAAUUCAAAGUUCGUAAGCAUCAUUAUGCAUCUAGUUUUUGUUUAACUACAAGAUGGGUUCACAGUACACUGAUAUUUUAGUUGCAGUUGAUGUCCUGUAAAUUUUGGUCUGUGUGCCCAUGAUCAAUUUUUAGCAUGUUGGACUCUUUUUAGUAUAUUUUGACAUCACAUCAUAUAUUGCUGCUGGCUGAUCUUACCAAUCAAAUACGGAAGAGAAUUAUGUUG